CCGUGCGUGGGGAGAAUAUUCUGGAAUCCCCAUCUCCCUGCCACGCAGGGAGGUGGUAUGCCCAGGCCUUUCCUCGAAAAAGGCUAGGGAAAGAGGGGAAGAAAGCAGAUUCUCCUUUGAGUUCUCCUUUCUUAGCUGUUGAAUCUUAACUAUCCAGUGAGAUCAUCUUCGCUAUAGAAUUUAUCUGGAGUGAUUUCUCCCCCUCCCCCCCCCAGACCCUACUCCUAGAGGCAAAAUGAAAGAAAAAAACAAAAAACCCAACCCAGACUCCAAGUCUCCAGGCUGAGGGGAGGAGCAGGGUGGUCAGCUAAGUUUGUUAUAUCCCUGAUUGGCUGCUGAAGAGCAAUGGGUUUUUGUUUUUUGUGUGUGUGUGUGUGCGUUCCCCCCCUCCCCCCCAGCUCUUGGGGGCACAGAUGUCCCUGACGCCUCCCGGUAAACUCAGCUCGCAGCAGACCAAGAUGCAGGCCUUUAACUUGUGGAAGGACUAUUUGGGCCUGGCAAAAGUGGUGGGAGCCAUCCGGGAGGAGCUGAGUUCCUGGAACAGCUGGGAUAACAUGGGCACCUCUGGGUCAAGGGAGACCCCGCAAGCCUCUCACCCAGAAGGCAGUCCCCUCCUGGGUGCCAAACCUAAGGCGAACUCCUCUUGUUCCUUCUGCAAACACAAUGGGGAGUCGCGCCACAUCUACCAGUCGCACGACCUGAAGGAUUCGGCGGGGCGGGUGCUGUGUCCCGUCCUGAGGGAUUACACCUGCCCUCAGUGUGGGGCCACCCAGGACAAGGCCCACACCAGGCGCUUCUGUCCCCUGACCAGGAAUGACUACCGGUCCGUGUACAACUACCCAUCGCGGAACUCAAUUGGAAAGUGGCCUGGUCGGUCGGUCGAUGCCCCUCGGUGGCGCAAGGUGCCUAGCCCAUCUGAGACAAAUGGGUCCCAUGGGACACUGGCUGAGAAAGUAUCGACUUCUGCUGGCUUCACAGGUUCCCAGGUUCCCAGGACCUCUUUCUCUUCAUCUUUCUCCUUAUGAGCACUCUUCAACUUCUGCACUAGAGAGCCAUGGCGCCUCAGAAGUUUGUAUGGCCAUCAGUGACGGAGGAGGGCUCGAAUGGAAGAUUCUGCCAGAGCUGGUGUGGGGCACAGGGAAGGAUGAGUGAGAACUGAGUUUAGGAGCAUCUUUGCCAUUCCCACUACUCGCUUCCUCUGUAGGCCCUUGCUGGAACUUCUCUCAAGAACAGAUCUCUGCCUUGGGAUUCUCCGGUAAAGGGAGAGAUACCUCCCUUAAGGUGAAUCCUCUCAGGACCUUUGUGUUGUCUUCUUGAAAAGGCUGGACACAGCAGGGUGUGGCAACCAGGAUUCAUGCCUACCGUAGAAGGUGAGGCGCUAACCCAAAUUGCCAGGCUUCUUUCUAUAUCUUUUUCAGUCAAUUUCCAUAUGAAAUCUCUGAACACUUUUCUCCAGAAAAAGCUGUCUCAAUUGACCACCCCAGAAGAGUCUAAAGAGAACUGGUUACUUGGCCCAGCUUGACAGGCUGGUUGUUAAAAGGUCAUGCUGGGCAUACUUCAGGGGUGGUGGGAGAAGGCCCAGCAGAAGGGCUGGUUGCUCAAGACAAAAUGUGCUUCUGUCAGAAUGACUAAGUUUCCAAAUUUUUUCCCAGAGUUUGUCGUGGUGUUUGACUCAUUGUUCUUUUUCUAAGUAAAGCAUUUUA